CUCUUAGAUCUGCAACUAGUUUGGUUAUUUAUUUAUUUUUUUAAAAUCAUCAUCCACUCUACUGAUGUGUUGUUCACUGCACCCGACCGACACCGACCGACAUCUUUGGAUUCCAAGAAUAGAGAAAGAGAGUCACCCCGCUCACUCACUUAUAUUCCUCCCUACAAAUCAUUUGAUCUUGGGUUCAUCCAUGGCUUCUAAAAGAACCUUAGAUCAUUCUUCUUGUUUUCCAGCCCAAAAAAAGAGGAAAGGCUCUUCUUGUUUUGCUUCUUCAUCAUCUUCAACACAACCUCGCUGGACCUAUCACGUGUUCUUGAGUUUCAGCGGUGAAGAUACCCGCAAAAACUUUACUGAUCAUCUCUACGAUGCCUUGGAUCAAGCUGGAAUUCACACCUUCAGGGAUGAUAAACUUCCAAGAGGAUGUGAAAUUUCUCCCGAGCUUCUCAAAUCAAUCGAAGGAUCCAGGAUCUCCAUCGUUGUUUUCUCAAGAAAUUAUGCUUCUUCCAGAUGGUGCCUUGAUGAGCUCGUGAAGAUCAUUGAAUGCAAGGAAACAAUUGGGCAAUUAGUUCUCCCAAUAUUCUACGAUGUUGAUCCAUCCGACGUACGCGACCAAAAACGGUGUUUUGGAGUAGCAUUUAGUAGACAUAAAAAACGUUACGGGGAUGAGAUGGAGAAGGUGGAGGUUAGGAGAGUUGCCCUCUCUAAAGCUGGUAAUAUAUCAGGCUGGGUUUUGAAAAAUGUUCCUAAUGGGCAUGAAGCAGAGUUGAUCCGAAAAGUUGUUAAAGAGGUGGCUUCAUGUAAACUGAAAGAGACAUUCCUAUAUGUUGCUAAGCACCCAGUUGGAAUAGAGUCUCGUGUUGCAGACAUCAAUUCGUUGUUGAGCAUUGGAUCAGAUGAUGUUAGCAUGAUUGGGAUAUACGGCUUGGGUGGAAUAGGCAAAACAACCAUAGCAACCGCUGUGUAUAACUGUAUUUUCCACCAAUUUGCAGGAAGUUGUUUUCUUGCAAAUGUUAGAGAAUUUGCAGAACAAUCCAAUGGCCUUUUUCAAUUGCUAGAACAACUUCUUUUUCAAUUAUUGGGGACAAAGAAUCUAAAGAUUGACAGUGUUUACAGAGGAAUUAAUUUGAUGAAAGAAAGG